AUGAUGAACGAGAUUCAGGAUGAGUCUGCAGUUGAUCCAGUUAUACUGAUUAACACUUUAUCAAUUGAUGAUGCCAAUAAUGGUGGCACUGGCAAAAAGAGGAAAUCAAAGUCCAAAGUGUGGGAGGAUUUCAUUCCUGUUUCAAGUGGUGGAAACAUUCAGAGUGCAAUAUGCAAACAUUGUGGGAAGCGCCUUAGUGGGAGAAGUUCUGGAGGAACAAGCCAUUUGGGCCGGCAUCUGAAGAUUUGUCCUGGGAGACCUGGGAAAAGUAUGGAGGGGCAAAAGAAUUCAUCUUCACAGACUAACCCAUCAAUCCUGCAGAACUGGGAAUUUGAUCAGGAGAAAUCAGUGGAAGACCUUACUAGCUUGAUAAUCUCCAACCUAUGCUCCUUCUCAAUAGUGAAAAGUACAAGUUUUAUCCAGUUUGUGGCUAGCAUUAAUCCUACUUUUAAUAUGGUCUCGCAAGCUACAAUUGAAGAAAAGCUUAUUGCUAUUUUUCAUAAGGAAAAGUUGAAGCUAAAAGAGAAAGUGACAAAUGCAUCCGGUGGAGUUUUUUUAUCUGUUGGAAUGUGGGGCCUUGUAUUUUCACCGACCUUUCGGUGCUUCACUGUGCAUUUCAUUGAUGAGAAAUGGAAGAUGAAUAGAAGAAUAAUAAGUUAUAGAUGUGCAGGAACUGAAAAUGAUGAGGAUCAUUACUAUAUCAGCAUGUUUCCUGAUUGGCAGUCCUUCUGCAAUUUAGGUGAUUCGGAUAAGACGAAACUGCAAGUAGUUAAAGAUUGGGGUAUUCAGCAGAACCUUUUAGGAUUGACAUCACAAGUACCGGUGGAUAAUGAAUUCAUAUCGGGCAUAGAGGCAAGUCUUUCAGGAAGCAAGUAUCUUCUUUCCAAAUUUAAGCUAUUAACUGUUCCUUGUUUGGUGGAUGCAUCGGAUAGGCUUUUCGGGUAUGAAACCAAGAAAAUUAUUCAGGAAACAAGUCGGUCUUACUUCUGCUACAUGACUGGCUCUUCAGUGCGUAAGCAGAAGUAUAACCAAAUUAUUUCAAGUAUGCACCUAAAGCAUCCAUCCUUUGGAUCUAAACAAUGGUACUCAACUUUCUACCUAUUGGAGGUCAUUUUGAAGUUCUGCAAGGCAUUUCCCGAUAUUGAUAUAACAGAUCGAUUGUAUUAUAAAGAACCAACAUCUGAGCAACUAGAAGCAGCAGAAGCUUUUUGCAAGAUUGGAAGACCGAUCUACCAUGCAACGAGGGUCAUUUGUAACCCUCAUAAUGCUUCCAAUAUGUACUUUGAUCCACUGUGGCGUUUGAGGAUUGUGUUGCAAGAAUCAUCUAGCAAACCUGACAUUAAAAGAGUCCUUGAUGUUGAGAAUAUGAACAGAAAUUUUCAGAAGCAUUGGGACAAAUGGUACCUAUGGCUGUCUGUAGCUGUGGUCCUGGAUCCAAGACAUAAGAUCAGGUUUGUAGAAUUUCGCUUUCGACAAGCUUUUGGUACCAGUGCUAAAAUGUACAUCUCUGAAGUUCGUGGGAAGAUAUGUGAACUCUUCACCAGUUAUUCUUGCCACACCCGUCAGAAAAGUAUCUUAGCUCGCACAAACAAUGAAUUAUCGCGGCAGGUGUCUGAUAGUUACUCAUUACGAGACACAAAUCAGAGCUACAAUGAGCUGAGUGAACAAGGGAAAUUUAAAGAACUUAACGAUUAUCUUGGAGGUGAACUUCAUCUGCAAAAUCAUGGAGAGUACUUCGGAGAGACAUUUGCUUCUGCAAAUGACGCUGCUUUCCAUGGAGAGCAAGUUUAUCGGCAAAAUGAUGAUUUUGAUAUUCUGAAAUGGUGGAAAGACAAUGAGUCAACAUAUCCAACUCUCGCUGCUAUUGCACGUGAUGUUCUAGCCAUACCUGGAUCCGCUGUUCCCUCUGAAGCUGCAUUUGAUGUUGCUGAUGAGCGGGCAAGGCUAUUCGAGACAGAGCUCAGUCCUCAAACAGCUGAAGCCCUUAUUUGCACUCAGAGUUGGAUUUCAUGA